AUGGAAAACUUCGGUGACUUCAUCUCUCAACAUGAUCUUAUUGAUCUUCCCCUAAAAGGAGCUAGAUAUAUCUGGUCAAAUGGUCAAUCUAAUCAUGUUAUGUGUAGACUUGAUCGAUUCCUUAUCUCUCCAGCAUUUGAGUCUCAUUUUCCCUUUGUCUCUCAACUAGCCAAAUCUAGACCUACCUCUGAUCACAUCCCAAUUCUCUUAGACAUUUCAGACCCUUCUUGGGGACCUAGUCCAUUUAGGUUUGAGAUCAUGUGGUUUUUGGAGAAUGGCUUCAUUGAAUUAUUAGAAAAUUGGUGGACUUCUUUUUGUUUUACAGGUACCUCAAGUACAAUCCUUUGGUGCAAACUUAAAGCACUGAAGGAAAAACUUAAGGAAUGGAACAAGCUCACUUUUGGCAAUACAAAUAUAAAGUUGAAUCUGUUGUUGUCAGAAAUCCAAGAUCUUGAUAGUUUGGCUGAAGAUACUUUGUUAUCUGAUUCACAGAUGCAAGAGUUGGUGGGCUGGAAAAAGGACUUUGAAAGGGUAACAAGAAUGAAGGAGGUCUCCUGGAGGAUUAAAUCCAAUACUAGGUGGUUGCAAGAAGGAGACAAGAAUACUGCUUUUUUUAUCAGGAAGACAAGUGCAAAAAGAAGGUACGAUAGAAUCAAGAAAUUGUACAUUGAUGGGGCCUUGGUUGACGACAGACAAAAGCUGCAAGAACAUAUUGUAAGUUUUUAUGAGAAUCUUUUUAGGGAAGAGGAGAUUAUCAAACCUGUUUUGGAAGGUAUUAAUUUUGAUAACAUCAAUUCUAUUGAAUCGGGUAUUCUGGAUGCUGACUUCUCUGAAGCUGAAAUUUUACAGGCAAUUCAAGAUCUAGACCAUGAUAAGGCACCAGGCCCAGGCGGCUUCCCCAUUAUGUUCUUUCAUAAAUGCUGGAGUUUCAUUAAAACUGACAUUAUGGGAACAAUGAAGGAAUUCUGUGAUACAAAGAUCAUAUAG